AUAAUAUUUUACGAUACAUGGGGAAAGUUUAUAAAUUUCUUAUUGCUGCCUUGUAUUGGAAUGAAGAGGUAUUUCUGGUUAGUGUGUUUUGCGCUUGAAUUGAGUAAUGUAACCAGCCAAGGAUGCUGCGGAGGAAACAACACAGAAGGAAUUUGUAGUAAAUGCUGUUCGAGCUUUCAGUUGACGAAUGGAAAGUGCGAAGAGUGUCCGCAGGGGUUUUAUAGUGCGAAUUGCAGCAAAGCGUGCGAUUAUCCAUAUUAUGGAAAGCGAUGCAGUUCCUCCUGCAAUAAUUACCCAAACAACUGUUCUGAGGCUUACUGCAAUUCUACCCACGGAUGCCAAAAUAAUAAUUUGGAAUCACCGACGACUCAUAAGCUGGAGGGAACAGCAGGUACAAAAGAUGUCAUUAAGACACGAAUGACAUCAAUGCAUACAGAGAAAUUCACAACAGCGGUCAUUGAGACGGAUUUUGUUUCCAAAGACGCGCUCUGGUUGGUCUCUAUCGUGAAAUUACUUGGAUAUACCCUGGGUAUAAGCCUUCUUAUCAUUUUAGGACUAGUCUGUCUAUUAUUAUGUAAGAGAAGACGAGAACUUAAAGCACUGGAUAUUUCACAACCAAUUGAACGGGAUUUCAGGCUGCUGAAUUACUUUAGCAAUCGCAAUGUUGACCGUGUGGCAAGCAAUAUCAACAGCAGAAAUAACAUCAACAAUUCUGAAGUGCUAUUUUGAAAUUUCCCGUGUAGGAAGAACAGACGACAGAAGUAGGAAGAAAUUUGUUGGUAAAUCAAGAAACGCAUACGUUGAUCAAGUAUCACAAGAGACUGGUCGUCACAGUCCUGUAGAAUUACCAGCGUAUUUGGAAGUGUUGCCAUGACAACAUGCAGUUCCAUACUUUUACACAGACAAUGCACCAAUAACGGCGGAAAGAGAACUAUGAUUAUUGACGAGUUAUUUUUACAAGAUGAAACGUAUAUUCUUGCAAGACAUUAUAAGCGAUAUCUUCCCUUUCAAGACACAUCUAUACAAAAUGUUAAAAGAAAAAUCAAAUUGAUAAGAAGUAUAUAUACAUAUAUAUAAUACCCAAAUAUAUUUAGAAAAUGCAUACACAACUAUAAUGGCAGAAUAAGAGUAAUAACCACGAUAAAUUUAGCGAAAUCGUAACUCCCGUUUUAAAUAUUUCAUGUUAUGUAAUAACACUCGUUUCUAUAUCAAACCCAUAGUUUCUAGAAAAUCAUUUAACUCAACGGUGUUUAAUAAUUUACUUAUUGGUUUCAUAC